CAAUUAUUGAUUAUUCAAUGCCCAAAUGCUAGAAGAUUCCCAUAAUUUCACUCCACCACACCAUCACGUUGUUUCGUGUCCCAAAGGAUCGAUAUUCAUAUUAGUUUUACAACUCAGACACCGAUUUUUCAAACUCUACCGUCUCCUUUACUUUUCUUGUUUUAUUAUUUCUCAUCCUUAUCACAUUUCCCUGUAUUCCCUCUUUCUCUUUCAAUUUUCGACUUUCAUGAUCCAUGGCUUCCCUCAGUUUUACUCAGAUCAGGACCAACAACUCGGUGGCUGACUUCGCCAGGGCUCGUCCAAGGACAACCUGGGCUCGACCCACUAGAGUUGGGUUUAAGGUGUUUGCGUCUGAGACUCAGGCUGAGCCUGAUCUUAGUGUCACUGUCAAUGGGUUGCACAUGCCCAACCCGUUUGUUAUCGGCUCUGGUCCACCUGGGACCAACUACACCGUCAUGAAGAGAGCCUUUGAGGAAGGCUGGGGUGCUGUGAUUGCCAAAACUGUGUCACUGGAUGCAUCUAAAGUGAUAAACGUGACACCUCGGUAUGCGCGUUUAAGAGCAGGGGUCAAUGGAUCGGCAAAAGCCAAAGGACAAAUUAUUGGGUGGGAGAAUAUAGAACUCAUAAGUGAUCGGUCACUUGAUAUUAUGUUGAAUGAAUUCAAGCAAUUAAAGGAAGAGUUUCCAGAUAGGAUUCUCAUUGCUUCAAUUAUGGAGGAAUAUAACAAAGCCGCUUGGGAGGAACUUAUUGAUAGAGUCGAGCAAACUGGAGUUGAUGCCUUAGAAAUCAACUUCUCAUGUCCCCAUGGUAUGCCAGAGCGCAAAAUGGGUGCUGCAGUUGGGCAAGAUUGUGCCCUUCUAGAAGAGGUUUGUGGAUGGGUAAAUGCCAAAGCUACAGUUCCUGUUUGGGCCAAGAUGACUCCUAACAUCACUGAUAUAUCACAGCCAGCAAGGGUGGCUCUAAGAUCAGGAUGCGAGGGCAUAGCUGCUAUUAACACUAUAAUGAGCGUAAUGGGAAUAAAUCUUGACACCUUACGUCCAGAGCCUUGUGUUGAGGGAUACUCUACUCCUGGGGGCUACUCUUCAAAGGCCGUUCAUCCUAUUGCUCUGGCAAAAGUUAUGAGUAUUGCAAAAAUGAUGAAGUCAGAGUUUGGGGAUAAGGACUUCUCACUGUCUGGUAUUGGAGGUGUUGAGACGGGUGGUGAUGCUGCCGAAUUUAUUCUUCUUGGUGCAAAUACUGUUCAGGUCUGUACUGGGGUUAUGAUGCAUGGGUAUGGCCUCGUAAAUCAACUAUGUGCUGAGCUGAAGGAUUUUAUGAAAGCACACAAUUUCUCAUCAAUAGAAGAUUUCAGGGGGGUUUCUCUUCAGUAUUUUACUACUCACAUGGAUUUGGUACGAAGGCAACAAGAAGCAAUUCAACAGAGGAAAGCUAUAAGGAAAGGCUUACAGUCGGACAAAGAUUGGACCGGAGAUGGCUUCGUAAAAGAGACUGAGAGCAUGUUGUCUAACUGAAUAACUGAAUUGUUGUACAAAAGCAGAAAGCCUUCUCUCUUUUAUCAUAAAGAAUAAAUGGCGCGUUCCUCUUGUGUCUGGUUGAUAUUUGAGCCUUCUUUUCUAUAGAUUGUGAAAGGAGCUGCAAUAUGAUGAACAAUUUCACUUGCUAAUGUAAGAACUUUUCUCAGAUGUAUUUAUGAUUCAAAAUUAAAUGAUGAAUGAAAAUUGGUGCAAGUUGCAAGAAA